UUCUAGUAUAGGCACCUCAAAUAGUGAUGGACGGGGACUUAAUAGCCCAGGGUGCUAAGUAUUGUUAAAGGCUCUUUAGGUCAUUACAUACAUGUGCGAUUAAAUUUUGGUAAUUGGGUCUCGCACAAAUAUAUACAAUUAAUGAGCAAAAAGAGUUUAAAGGAUAAAAACUUAUUAACAUUGAAUAUUUGAAUACUUUCGGUUUAUUGGAAUAAUUUUGUUUUUAAAAUACAAGUAUUCUCUAGGUGUUUUGUUGUCAUGCAACAUUAAAUUCUCUUAUCGCAUCAUAAUGGUUUAAGUUUAAAAAUACGAGUAUUUAUUAUUUUUCGUAAAUUAUUUUUGUUCUAUUUUUGGAUACUACAUGUUUUUCAUAAUAUGUUAACGCUCGUGCAAUAUAAGAUAACGAUAAUACGAUGUAUAAAUAUAUUUAUAUUUCUUUUUAUACCAGUUGGAUUUUUAUCACUUCUAUAAUAGUUAAAUUAAUAUUUGUAUACAUACGGGGCACGGGCAUUCGAGUGUGUAACGCGUGUUCCGGUAUUAGUGACCAGUUUCGUUUUGUGUUUUGUGUAUCUUUAUUAAAAUUAACAAAAAUGAAUAAACAGAGGUUUCAAAGUGGACACGCCAAAAGAAAAGCGAAACAAAAGGAAGCCUUAAUUGCUUGUGGAAACGACAAAAGUCAAAAAAAAAUUUGCUUCUUCCCAACUAUUAGACAAGGUAAUUCUAGUGUUACAAGUGAUCCAGUUUUAAAUAUAACUGAAAAUAAUUCAUCAGAUUUUGAAAAUGAUUUGAUACAUGCCAAUGAUAAUUCUAGCACAGGUUGUGAUAUAGUUUUAAGUACAACUGAAAGUAAUAUAGCAAAUACAGAAAGAAACAUAACUAAUAAUACUGGAAAAAGUAAUUUCAUUACAACUGAUUGUCAGAAUUCUGUAGGAAUACAUUUUGAAAGUGAAAUAGAGCAAGACGAUAACUAUUUUGAAAAUGAAAAAAAUAUGAUGACCGAUUGUGACAAUUUUACUCAACCUUCAGCUAUUUCACAUUUUAUUCGCCCAUCUAGAACUGAUAGUGUAGUAGUCAAAAAUCAGUACUUUGAUAAGCAUCCCAUUCAACCGUAUAUUCAGUCAGGUAAAGGAAAACUUGAUUUUAAAAGAAUAUAUUUCAAAAUAUUACCUAAUAAUGAAACUAUUCAAAGAAAAUGGAUAUCAUACUCUACUGAGACUUGCUGCUUAUACUGUUCUGCUUGUAUGGCUUAUGGAAGUCUAAAAAUACUUGGUGCAAUGGAAUCAAAGUUUAUCAUUGGAUAUGAAGCUAAUAUUAAAGUAAACAAAAGCUUAUACCAGGAUAUAGAAAGACAUGAAAAUUCUAAAACUCAUGAGGAAUCAAUUUCGACAGCUAUCCGUUUCAAACUUAAUAAUGAUAUUGAAAAUGUUAUCAACCGAGAUGUCAUGACAAAACGAGCAUUGGAGGUUGAAAAUCGAAGAAAAGUCUUAGAAAGGUUAAUUGAUAUUAUUAUAUUCAUUGGCCGACAAGGUAUUCCUUAUAGAGGAAAAUUUGAAGGAGCUUAUUCACUAAAUAAUGAUAAACGAAACCAUGGAAAUUUUUUGGAACUUGUGAUGCUAAUCUCAAAAUAUGAUAACGUUCUCCAACAACAUUUAAAUACAUCUAUACAACUCAGUGAAAAAAAUAAAUCUAAGAAGGGUCGUGGAUCGUUGGUUACAUUUUUAUCCAAACAUUUCAUUAAUGAUAACAUACUAGUACCUAUAGGACAAGAAAUUCAAAACAUUAUUGUGAAGGAAAUCAAAGAAUGUCAAAAGUUCAGCAUAAUGAUUGAUUCAACACAGGAUGUUAGUGUGAUGGAUCAACUUGCUAUUUGUGUGAGGUAUGUUUAUGGAGGAAAAGUUAGUGAAAGAUUAUUUAGUUUAAUUGUAUGUCAUGAUUCCAGUGGUUUAGCUCUUUUUGAAUUGUUAAAAAAAGAAUUAAAAAGGGUAGGACUUCCGUUAAAUGAUAUUGUGGCUUGCUCAUUUGAUGGUGCUUCAAACAUGAAGGGCAUUUAUAAUGGAUUACAAGCACAUUUAAAAACUUAUAACCCUAAAAUAGUUUAUACUCAUUGUAUGGGACAUGUUUUAAACCUUAUUAUGUCUGAAAGUACAACACAUUUUACACUUGCUGAAGAUUUAUUUGGACUUGUAGAAUCAUCAUCAGUUUUUCUGUCAGAUUCUCAUAAAAGAAUGUCAACUUGGAUGGCCAUAACCAAAGUUAAACAUGUUGCUCAUAAUAAGCUCUAUCGUUUGCAAAAAAUUGGAGCUACUCGUUGGUGGAGCAAAGAUAAAGCUCUAUCAUCUAUAUUAGAUAUAAACUUAGUUGAAGAUAAUCAAAAAGUAGAGAAUAGUAAAUUUGUAACAUUUUUAGAAUUUCUUUUAUCAGUUAACCAAGGAAACUUUAAUACAAAAUCAAAAUUUAUGGCACGUUCUCUUAUUUGUAAUUGGUCAAAAUUUGAAACUAUCUUUAUAGCAACUUUAUUGAUUGACAUAUAUUCUAUUACUAGUCCUGUAUCCAAAUAUUUACAAUCUAAAUCAAUUAAUUAUUUGCAAGCCUGGACCAUGAUUAAUACAAUGAAAAACCUAAUCAAAAAAUUAAGAAACGAAAAUAGAAGAAGAUUUUCCUGA